AUGAUAAGCUUCGCGGAGUUUCCGAUUACAUACUGUUGCACUUUACAACUGAAAGCGAGUAGAGGCGAACCGUAAGUACAAUCUUUUCAGCUUGUUUGCGUGUGUUAAUUUAUCAACAGAACUUCUUGUCCGUGCCAUUUUAAAAGUAGAACCAACAAAAAAUAGAAGCACGGCCUCUGUAGACGCUAUCUUAACGGAGCUACGUCGCAAUACUGCUUGUAAAUGUGCGAGAUUUGAGUCGGCAAAUCAAGCAUACGCCAUAUUGUGUGUUAGUGUGACAUCAAUAUGUAACAGUUUAUAAAUGAAGAAACUUCAUUGUCUUUCCUUCGUGAUAUCCUUUGAAUAAUGACGCUCAGCCAUAAAGAGCCAUAUUUUGUGACAGAAAUGAGAUCGAAGCUUAUUCUUUUUCGUAGAAAUGACGUCUGUAUCUAACCACACGCGCUAAAUGUUUGAGUUCAAAUGACGGAGAGCAUAUUAAAGAGAUUCUCAUAUCUACUAAACGUAACGAGAACAAUGUUUCUAUUUUUUAACACACCGUCUGUAAAAACAGCAAUGUACGUAAGUUUGCUUUUCCUUCUAGGAAAAAUCCCCGAGGGGAAUUCCCAUAUAAAAGUGACGGGAUGUUUCGCCUCGCCUUGGGGUCAGAAUUUCAGAUUUUGGUCUCACUUGGCGUGUUUGGGAUGGAACGUCACUAUAUUUGCCCAUCCAGGUAUCGAUUAGGGCUGUCCGUAAAGAAAUUAACGAAAAAUACCGUGAUUUCUUUAAGGGUCAGUUUAAGCUUGACCCACACUCACAUUGGUCUCCUUUUGAUUUUCCGGCGAGCAUCCCUGUUACUUUUAUAUGGGAGUUUCCCCCGGGGAAAAAUCUUGACUGCUUCCGCACAUAUGAGUCUACUUGUAAUGUGAAUUUGCUUUUUUUUUCGGAAUCAAAACAGGAAGCCUAUGAUGUGAUAGGCACUAGCCAGAGUUGCAGUAUUUUCUUUUUCUUUUAGCCAGGCCGUCUAUCUUUGCCUGCUCCUUGUACGACGUAUUCCUAGGCCUUCUUGGUAACGCAUACUAGUCCGCGCGGAAUAAUGAGGCCUUGGGAUUAGAUUUAAUUCUACAAUUAAAUUCUGCAAGUGGUGCAUCCACUGUCUAUUUCAUGUUCUCAAGAAAGUGUUGUCUCUCUUUGACUGUCAAACAACAGCGUUACAUCGUAUCCUCCUUUUGACUGUUGGAUAAAGGAUCGAAAGGAAUCUUGACUCAUUUUAUGUAGGAAACGUCCUAUGACAUCAAAGACUUCCUGUGUUUUCCGAGAAACAGCUGUUCAAUGAUGUCAUUAGGGACUUCAAGCACAUCGCUACGAUCUCUACUUCGGCAGCAAUUCUCGUCCCCAGAGCCCGUCGUUUCUUGGUCACGUGGUCGGGAAAGGAGGGGCAGAGCCACUGGUCGGUUACAAAUUAAGCCGAGUGGCUCUGGGGACGAGAAUGUUCGGCGGCCGAAAGUAAAAGAGCCAAGAAUGACGCACUGCGCAGGCUUGGAAAUGACCGUUCGCUGUAACGUCAAAUCCUACAACGUGAAGACCUGUCUUGUGGCGUAGUCGCUACUACGUUAGUAUAAAAGUCGCCUUUUUUCCUAUUUUUUACAAUCACUGGUUUUAAAACCCAUCAUAGAUAGUUUUUCACUUUAUCAAGAAAUUAUUUUACGCUUCUGGUUUUUCAGUAAUCACGUCCUCCCUGCGUUUUACUUACAGCGAACGCAAAUGAGCGAGAAACCCCGUAGUCACUUGCUUAACGUUGAAAUUUGGCGGACGAUAGUGACGUACUUUCCCCAAGACUGAGCAUAGUAAACAUCACCGUAGCGUUUUGCCUAUAGUCCCUAUUGACAGUUGUGUCGGUUGGUAAUUCUAUAAGUAACGAGACCACAUUCCAGACUUCCUAUUGAGGAAUAACUUUCCAUUAUGACAGACAUUAUAAACACAAUAUCGGUUUUUACUAACUUAUAGUUUCGAAAAACAUAUAUCCAUAAAUGUUUUACACGAAUUUUCUACCAUAAUAAUAAUGAUAUUUAUUGAUUUGUAUUGCGCAAAUAUCAAUCCAGAGAAAGAAAAUUUCAUCUGCGCAUUACAUAAAUUCUACUUAGAAAUCCUAUUUAAAAAACUAUGUUCCAUCCUAAUUCUAAAAAUCCUAAACACAAUUACUAAUUAUUCUUUAAAAUCCUAUUUACACACCUUUUUUGAUAAAAAUAAUGACAACAAUGAAUUAACUGGGAAACGCCUUUCUGAAACAAAUGAGUUUUAAGAGCCUUUUUAGAACCAUUAACUGACGGUUUAUUUCUAAUAGAAAGGGGAAGAUCGCUCCAUAAUUUUGGGGCAGCCAUAUAAAAAGAUCGAUCACCCAGCGUGGUAAACUGACUUGCAUAAUGGCAUGUUAGGACGUUUGCCGUCAUUUGAUCUUAGACAAUAUCUAACCCCAGUGCAUAUUAUUUAAGAGCAGUUUCCCUGACUAAGGGCCUGUUUACAUGGAGGUGGGGGACCCCAGGUAGGUGAGGUAACCCCCUUAGGAGGGGUAACCCGGCUGUCCAUAUAAUCUCUUAUUUUAAUUUGAUCACGGUUACAUGAUAGGUGGGGUGACCCACCACAUGUUACCUCACCUACCUGGGGUCCCCCAACUCCAUGUAAAUAUGCCCCCAAUACCAACAAGCCGCACGAAAUAAAUGGGGGAACCACGCAUGCGUGCAAAGUAAAUCAUCCGAGGUGAAUUUUUCUUGACUUUAGGAAUUAAUUUUUACUUGCUUUAUUUCUAAACUUCAGGUUAAAACCUUUCUGGUUGCGUAAAUUGCAUUUUUUGUUCCGAUCCUUAAGUUUGAACAAGCAGGUGAGUCGGCAAAGGCAAAUUAGUAAACCUUACCUAAUUUAGUUACUUAUGAAGUCUUGAGUAAUGUUAUGUGUGUGUAACUGAAUGUUAUGUUAUGUAGCAUAGGGAAGACAUCUUGAGUCUAGGACUUACACUGAAACGCGCAAACCAUAUUUUCCUUCGUUAACACCUGCAAAGGCAAAGGCUCAUGGCCUUACCUCUACAGCUAACUCAUUCCUCUAUAACGGACACCUCUAUAAGACAGACAACUUUAAAGACGGACACCAGGUGUUUGUCCCUGCCGAUUGUCAGUCAUAUUACUGUAACUAUACUCUCUAUAAGACGGACACCUCUUUAAGACCGACAACGAACAAUUUUGAAACUGUCAACGGACAAUUGGGAAGUGCUUUAUGCAGAAAAAAAACUUCAAAACGGAAAUGUCGGUGCUCUAUGAUAAUAUGACAGUAAAUUGCAAAAUCUUUGCCAUGAUAUUUUACAGUCUUACUUCAGUUUGCAGAGUGUGUACUGUUAGGCUUUUGGGCGGACCCCGAAGCCGUGAAAGUUUGCUCGUAAUGAACCUUUGAUUGCUCCAGUUUUUAGCUGGUUUUACACAAGAUAAACACACGUGUAUUCAUUGCGAAUAGGUGUUCAGCUUUAAAAUUACUGGUGUCACGUUACCUCGUAUCUCUAUAAACGGCUGGACACCUCUUAUUAUUUUUUCCCGGGAGGAAAUCUCGUAAAAAGUGACGGGAAUGCUCGUUGGAAAGAUCAAAAUUAAAAGCCUAAAAGAGGCCAAUAUGGGCGUGGCUGAAGCUUUAUUUGACCCCUAAAGGAGACCAAUAUGGGUAUGACUCAAGCUUUAUUUGACCGUUAAAGAGACAAAAGAGACCAAACUUCAACACCGUGUAGGAGCCGCUCCUGACAAUAUAACAGCGUUUUCUUUUUUUAUACGAGAUAUUUGUUUACGCACAACCCUACGAGACACCUCAUGGGCAUAAAUGCUGGCUUUCCGGCCGCCAGAACACCAUAAGAGAGGCCAAAAUAAGCGUUCCCCGCAGGAGAUUCGGUGCCCACAAGUUAUUGUGAAAGGUUUGAACCCAGGAGUCAUUUCAAAAGUAGGUUGAGUGAACUUAGUCCUGAAUAGGACUGUUGGUGUUGACAGUGACUGUCACUGUCAACAACAACAGUCCCGACUACGUUUACCCGGACGAUCAAACUCAACCUACUUUCGGUAAGUUAUCGUAACCUAGGAUUUCAGGUUACUUUUAUUUACAUGUGGCUCAAAAUAUCAUUUAAUUCACAUUUUCUUCACUUAACUUUAAUUUUGUCUUUAGAAAAUCAGUACCGCCAUGAACAAUCUAGAACAGCUCGUGGACGCUUUAUGCAUUGGUGUAGGUGUUGCUGCGCUCCUUCUCAACACCAAUCGAGUUGAAAAAGCUAUUCAGGUGUACAAGGAAUGCGUGCUCCUCCUUAAUAAUAAAGCCCUUGAAAAAGAAAAGGAAUUCGUUGAGUUAACCACCUACGUGAUUUACUUCCCAAUGAUUAUCGCGUACCGUCUUAUGAAUAACCCCGCGAGUGCCAUAGAAUGUGGAAGAGAACUCAUGGCGAUUCAACGAAGAACUGGUAAAAGAGACUUGGAAGGAAAGGUCAUGUUUGAACUCGCGAUGGUUUAUGAACAGCAACUUAAGUAUGAGGAAGCAAAAGAGUAUUAUCCUAAAGCACUUCCUAGCUAUAUGGCAACUGGUCAAAAACGAGAAGAAGCAUUCUGCUACGGUAAACUUGGAUCGUGUCUUAUGUCCUUAGGAGAAUACGGCAAAGCUAAAGAAUGUCUGGAAAAGGGAAUUGUCCUCUCAAAUCGAAUUGGAGUCCAAGAUGUAGGAUGCAUCUGUUAUAGUAAGCUAGGAACUUUAUUUUAUUCCUUUGGUGAGUACGGCAAGGCUAAAGAAAAUCUUGAAAAAGCUCUUGCAAUCAGUAAAGAGACCGGUGAUAAGAGAGGAGAAGCUACCUCUUAUGGGAACUUAGGAAACGUUUUUAAGUCCACUGGAGAAUAUUUAAAAGCUAAAAAGUAUUUCAAAACAGCACUUUCAAUCCUAGGAGAAAUUGGCGACAAAAAAGAACGGGGCUCAUGCUAUUCUAGCCUAGCAACCAUCUUCCUGCAUCUUGGUGAAGGUGCCAAGGCUAAAGAAUAUCUUGAGAAAGCGCUUGUGAUGGCAAAAGAAGUUGGUGCAAGGAGAGUUGUAGCCUCGUGUUACUGUAACUUAGCAACUGUAGCCCACUUACAUGGUGAAAAUGCCAAGGCUAAGGAAUAUCUAGAAAAGGCACUUGUGAUCGUGAAGAAAGUUGGUGACAAGAGAGAUGAAGCUACAUGUUAUGGAAACCUUGGAGAAGUGUUACAGUCUAUCGGCAGCUAUGCUGAAGCUAAAGAACAUUUCGAAAAAUCACUUACAUUAGCAAAGAAUACAGGUUACCGAGAAUUAGAAGCUGUUCAGCGUAGAAACCUAGGCACUCUAUCGCAGGCUCUCGGUGAGUAUUCCAAGGCGAAAGAAUACCUCGAAGAGGCACUUUUGAUUGCAAAGGAAAUUGGAAACCAACAGAGAGAAGCCUUAUUUUUAGGAGACCUAGGAACUGUGUUUCAAGAUCUCGAGAAAUACGUCAAGGCUAGAGAGUGUCACGAAAAAGCACUUACGAUUCACAAGAAAAUCGGUAACAGAGCUGGAGAAGCAGCAACUCUCGGAAACCUAGGAAGAGUGUACAAAUAUUUCGGUGAAUAUGACAUGGCGGUGAAAUUUCUUUACGAAGCACUUGAUUUGGCAAAAGAAAUUGACAGCAGAGAAUACGAAGCUAAAAGCUACCAACAUCUAGGAACUGUAUUUCUGUCUCUCAACGAAAAUGCCAAGGCUAACGAAUAUCUGGAGAAAGCGCUAGUGAUGCACAAAGAGGAAGGAAGCAAAUCGUCUGAGUUAACGACCCACUUUUGCCUUUCGCUACUCAUGUUAAAUGAAAACCACAUGCAUGAAGCUAAAGCGCAUCUUUUUGAAAGCACGUCCAAGGCUGAGGAUAUGCGCAGCCUUCUGGGAGAAGAUGAUAACUUGAAGGUUUCGCUUUUUGACGAACAUGUUCAUUGUUACAAGUGUCUCAGUUAUUUGUUUUGUGCCAAUAAAGAUCCCUCAAACGCUCUCUACGCUGCGGAGCUUGGACGAGCCAGAGCCCUUGCAGACCUAAUGCUAUCUAAGUACUCAAUGGAGAAAGGGAAACCAGUCAAUCCACAGUCAUGGGUUGGUAUAGAAGGGAUAGUAAAGAAUGAAAGUCGCUGUGUGUGCCUGUAUGUGUCUUAUUAUGAACAAUUUAUAUUCUUAUGGUUACUCAAAGACGGAGAACCAAUGCUUUACAGAUCAGUUAUGCUUGAUAACUGCAAGGCAUUAAAACUCGUUGAAUAUUUGGGCAGUGGAACUCGUGGAAAUCAGGUCAAAUGUGAGGAUCGAUCUUGGUGUCCUUCAAAUGUGAGUGAGCCAAAGCGAGAAUCAGCAUCGAAUGGAGAUAUCGCGAACGUUUUCCAAAUUUCGACCGAAGAAACCCAAGAGAUUCUAGCUUUUUAUUACCAAAUGAUCAUCAAUCCUGUUGCUGACGUACUCGAGGAACCCGAAAUCGUCUUUGUCCCAGAUCGCGUCUUUUACAAACUUCCAUUUGCGGCUUUAAAGGACCAGAGUGGUAAAUAUUUGUCAGAAGCUUUCAGAAUCCGCGUCGUCCCCUCUUUAACGACUCUGAGGCUUAUUCAGGACAGUCCAGCAGAUUAUCACAGCCAGACUGGUGCACUGAUUGUAGGUGAUCCCGAUGUUGGACAGGUGCGGUAUGAAGGUGAAAUUUGCCAUCCACCGAGGUUGCCGUUUGCGCUAAGAGAAGCAGAGGUGAUUUCCCAACUUUUAGGAACAAAACCUCUGGUAGGAAAACAUGCAACAAAGCAGGUCAUACUACAAAGCAUAAAUUCAGUGAGUUUGAUUCAUUUCGCUGCUCAUGGUAAUGCCGAAAGGGGUGAAAUCGUCCUUACACCAUCGCUCUCCACUAAUGCAAUUCCUCAAGAAGAAGACUACCUGCUGACGAUGGCCGACAUCGCACAUGUUCGACUGCGAUCGAAACUGGUAGUCCUCAGUUGUUGUCACAGUGCGGAAGGACAGAUCAGAGCCGAGGGAGUGGUUGGAAUCGCUCGCGCGUUCUUAGGGGCUGGUGCGCGCUCCGUGUUGGUGGCAUUGUGGGCCAUAGACGAUAUUGCAACAGAGCAGUUCAUGAGUCGUUUUUACGAGCAUCUUGUUCGUGGGGAAAGUGCUAGUGAAUCUCUUUACCAGGCUAGUUGA